UACAUUAUUUUAUAUAUUUAUCAACGAACAUGUCUUUAUGGUGGGGUGCAAAUCCUUUGGAUGAACUUAUAGAUAAAGCUACUUCCGAAUAUAUUCCUAUUGGACAAGAAAACUUGGCUCUUCAUUUGGAAAUCAGUGAUGAAAUACGAAGUAAAAAGGUCAAUAGUAAGGAUGCUAUGAGAUCUCUAAAGCGAAGGCUCACUCACAAGAAUCCAAACGUCGUUUUGGCUACUCUUAACUUGACGGAUACCUGUGUGAAGAAUAGUGGUGAUGCCUUUGUACGAGAAAUUGCAAGCCGAGAAUUCAUAGAUGAAUUAGUCUCACUAUUACGAAGUCCGACUGGUUGCAAUAUAGACGUCAAAAACAAGAUAUUAUCUAUCGUGCAAACCUGGGGAUUAGCUGCAAAAGGAAAACCAACUCUUAGUUAUAUGACUGACACUUAUUAUCUCCUUCAAGCAGAAGGUUACGUAUUCCCUCCCAUGACUGAUUCUGUUGAUGCUAUUCUCUUGGAAACUUCUGCGGCCCCUGAAUGGACUGAUUCGGAUGUUUGUGAACGAUGUCGUACUCCAUUUACCAUGACCAAUCGAAAGCAUCAUUGUCGUCAAUGUGGUAAAACUUUUUGUCAACAAUGUUCUUCAAAAAAUAUGUCGCUUCCUCAUCUUGCCAUCAUUGAAGAGGUACGUGUCUGUGAUGGAUGUUAUAUCAAAUUGAAACUCGCCAAGGUUGCUAAAAAGGACACUAUACCCUCUACCUUUGGAUCAGCAGCUGCACCUAUACCGGCAUUUUUGCAACAAUAUUCGGAUACCCCUGAAUCAGUCACUGCCAAUCGCUCGAUCCCAAGAACUUCAGCAACGACAACAACAACGACAACAACAACAGCGCAAGCAACAGAUGAUGAUUUUGAUGAAGAUAUGAAAAAAGCUAUCGAAUUAUCACUUAAGGAAGAAGAAGCUCGCAAAAAUAGUUAUGGCGCUGGAUAUACACCUUCUCAACAACUGAAACAGGAACAGAGACAAGAAGUACAACCAGUGACAACUGAAGAAGAGGAUGAUCCAGAUUUGGCAGCAGCUAUUGCGGCAUCACUACGUGAUAUGGAAAUCAAUAAUAACACUGUAUCUCAACGCCAGCAAGAAACUUACAAUACUAGAACUCGAAACCGUGAUGAACUUUCUACUGUGGAAAUCGAAAAUAUUCAACUCUUCUCAACAUUGGUGGAACGUGUUCACACUGCAGCAGGUGAUAUUUCUCGAGACCCUCAAAUCAACAAAUUAUACACUCAAAUUGGAACUCUACAACCAAAAUUGGUGAAGAACCUGGAUGAAACUGAUCGGAAACAUCGUAUAUUCGUCGACUUGCAUGAAAAAAUGAAUAUGGCGGUCAAAGCAUAUGAUCAGUUACUGGAACAACGUGUAUCAGGGGCUCAUUUUCGUACUACUGAUAGAAUUCCUCCAUCCACGUAUUAUUCAUCAUCAGCAGCUCCAACAAUCUAUACAUCAUCAACCACAUCAACGACGCCUACAACAUCCAAUUCUUUAUAUCCUACAGUACAACCACCAUCCUUGUCUCAAUAUGGCAAUACUUCAUCAGACCAAUAUCAACAACAACAACCUUAUCAGCCAUCUUAUCCAUCAGUCUCUGGUUCUACUACAAGCAAUCAACAGCCUUAUCAAUCAUCUUAUCCGUCGAUUUCUAGUCCUACUCAAAAUAUUCAACAACAGUAUCAUCCUGUCGCUUCGCUCCCACAACAACAACAACAACAACAGCAACAACUGUAUUAUCAACCCAUACAACAGCAACAACAACCAUCACAACCUCCUUCAGGAUAUCCACCACAACAAAUAACUGUGAAUGGAUCAGGAAACUACCAGCAAACCCCUAUACAAGGAUACCAAGAAACAACUACAAGACAAUAUCAUCCCGGUUCUCAAAUUCCACAACAGCAGCAGCAAUCGACACAACAGGAGCAGCAACAACAACAACAACCUGCCUAUGAAGCACCUUUGAUUGAUCUUUGAUCCUCUUGCUGUAAUCAACUUCUUUAUUUAUUUUGUUAGUUUUU